AUGGCCAUGUGCCUGGCUAUAUAUUCGAACCCCAGCUCCAUUCCUAGCCCCGAGGCCCCCGAGCCUCGACCAGAUCCCAGUGCCGCAGCCUUGGCGGCCGAAUCGCAUAAAGCAAAGGCUCUGGCAGUCAGCAUUCAGGAGUUGGAAGAGCAGCUCCGCAGGGCGGCGAGGCGAGCGUCUCGGUUUGAGGAUGCCUGGAUGAAAGCCCAGGCACGCCAGGAAGCUGAUUUCCAGGCGAAGCUUGCUGUUUUCAGACUGAGAGUCAAUGAGUGUGGCGUAGGACAGCUCUUUUCCAAGGCCGCCCUUGAUUGGCGACGCAAGUACGAGGACCUGAGCAUACUAUACCAGCUGGCCCAAGAAAAUCCGGCCCACGAGAUGAAGGGACGCCCCCGCUGGGCUCCAGUUAAUGCUCAGGCGGCGGUUUUGAAUGAUUGGUGGCGGAAACAAUUUGCCAGUCUCGAGGCCCGGGCGCGUCAGGCUACUGAAGCCAAGGACGCGGAGAUCAACCAUUCCAAUGGCCAGGAGAUGGAGUUCGAGCAUCAGUCCACCGCGGACGGCGGGGCAGCCCGGGCUGACGGCAACGAGCCGGAUGAGGCCGAGGAGACUGAGGAGCAGAAGGCUCCCAGCCCGGGCAGCUACGGAUAA